AUGCAACCAUUAAGAGGGACUCCAGCAUACUGGGAGAAAACUCUGCGUGACUUGUUUGCUAUGUUGAGACAACUGGGCACUCCUACAUUUUUCUGUACGUUUCGUGCUGCUGAAAUGAGAUGGCCUGAAAUCAUAACUGCUAUUAAAGCACAACAAGGUGAAAGUGUGAACUUCUCUGAAUUAGACUGGUCUGAAAAAUGUGAAAUCCUGAGAAGUAAUCCAGUCAAAGUAAUGCGAAUGUUUGAGAAACGAGUUGAAGCCUUAAUGAGAGAUCUAAUCAUGUCACCUGCUCAACCUAUUGGUGAGGUUAUUGACUUUUUUUAUAGAAUGGAAUUUCAACAACGUGGCUCUCCGCACAUUCAUUGCUUAUUUUGGGUGAAAGAAGCUCCAGAAUUUGAAAAAGAUCAAGAUCAGGAUGUGUGUGAUUUCAUUGACAGAUACAUCUCAUGUAAAUUACCAGACCCAAACAAAGACCCCGAACUGCACAGAAUUGUAAGCGAAGUACAGGUGCACAGUCGUAACCACUCAAAGUCCUGUAGAAAAAACAAGAAACACUGCAGAUUUGGAUUUCCUAAACCACCCAUUAACAGAACCACGAUAACCCGCCCCAGACCUCCUCCUGUAGAUGAAUCACAAGACCAAGAUUAA